CAAUUGAUUAAUAACAAAUGACUCGUACCAAAGAUAACGUAAACCGCCACGAAAAACACGUAGCUAGAAAUGGCCAGACUGAAAUUCGUUUUGGCGUAAAAAAAAUGGGAGCUGGUGCUGCCAACUGGGGAGUACUAGGAGAAGAGGUACUUGACGUACAAGAGAUUGCCCGAACGGAAAUGGAUGCCACAGUGACUGAUACCAAAAUUAAGCUUGUUGAUUCUGAGACUUUUGAAAACAUGCGUCAUGAACAAGAAUCAUAAAUAUACCAAAUAAAAAUUUAUUUUUUUAUGCAACAAUAGU